AAUCCCAGCAUCACUCUCCAGGAAGUCAUAGUGAUGAAGGUUCUAGGCCUCACCCUCUUCUGCCUCCUCAUUGUAGUGAAUGCAGCCAGAAUUAUGAAGAGAUGUGAACUGGCUCGGAUUUGUAAGCAGCGAGGGCUGGACAGAUACCGUGGCUACAGCCUGGGCAACUGGAUCUGUAUGGCAUUUCAUGAAAGCAGAUACAACACCAGAGCUGUGGGGCGACCCAACAAGGAUGGCAGCCGUGACUAUGGGAUUUUUCAGAUAAACAGCCGCUGGUGGUGUGACAAUGGAAGGCGCCCAACAGCCAAUGGCUGCAAAUCCUCCUGCUUUGCUUUCCUACGUGAUGACAUCACAAAUUCCAUUGAGUGUGCUAAGAGAAUUGUCCGUGACCCCCAAGGGAUGAAUGCCUGGGUUGCUUGGCGGAAGCAUUGCAAAGGAAGAGACCUCUCGCGGUGGACUCGUGGCUGUGGAGUCUGAGUUCCAUGAUUCUGAAUGAGACCCAGCCUUUCUCUUGAUUUCCCCUUUGAUGAACCAGAUUCCUCUCCCUCUACAUUCAAAACUGAGCUGCUUCUUUUUAUGCAAGCCUUUGUGCCCCAGAAGGUAGAAUGAAUGAGGGUGGAAAUGUAUGCGGGGCUGGGCUGUGAUUUGCUUGAGGUUGUGGGCUUCUCUGCUUGAAAAUCUUCAAUAAACUGAGCAUAAUAAAAACUCUUUUCCUAUUUGAUGGGUGAAUGGGGGAGAA